AAUGGUGCUAUUUUGCGUCGUAUAUGUAUUCCAAAUGACAAACAUAUUUUUGAGGGGACAGAGUUGUGUUGUAUUGCCGGCGAUAGUUGGGAAUAUUUUUGAUGUUUUGUUAUUCCUGGGUGUGAGAAAUAACCGAAGGUCUAGGAUAUUCGUUGAGUGGCAUUGGGUAUCAUAGCCGAUCAAACAAGUUAGACUUAGAUCAAAAUGUCUGCCGCUACAGCCCUGGCACCUCAGCCUUCGACAACCGGCUUUUCGUUCGACAAUUGUCAAAGAAAUGCGGCGCUGGAGUCGUCUGGCAUGGCUCUGCCGAAGGCCGUGAAGACGGGCACCACCAUCUGCGGCAUCGUGUUCAAGGACGGCGUGAUCCUGGGUGCCGACACGCGCGCCACCGACGGCAGCACGGUGGCCUCGCUCAACUGUCAGAAGAUCCACUACCUGGCGCCCAACAUGUACUGCUGCGGCGCCGGCACGGCCGCCGACACCGAGCAGACCACCAAGCUGAUCUCCUCCAACCUGGAGCUGCACUCGCUCAACACGGGCCGCCAGGCGCCGCUCAGCACCGCGCUCAAGAUGCUGGCGCAGAUGCUGUUCAAGUACCAGGGCCACAUCUCGGCGGCGCUGGUGCUGGGCGGUGUGGACCGGCUGGGGCCGCACAUCUACAGCGUCCACCCGCACGGCUCCGUGGAUCGGCUGCCGUACGUCACCAUGGGCUCCGGAUCGCUGGCCGCCAUGGCCGUGUUCGAGUCCCGCUACCGGCCCAACAUGGAGCUGGAGGAGGGCAAAAAGCUGGUGCGGGACGCGAUCGCGGCCGGUAUCUUCAAUGACCUGGGCUCGGGCACCAACGUGGACCUGUGUGUCAUCACCAAGGACGGCGCACAGAUGCUCCGGCCGUACGACGUAGCCAAUGUCAAAGGAGCCCGCCAGGAGCGGUACCGCUUCAAGCGCGGCACCACGGCCGUCCUCAAGACCCGGCUGCGCAAGUUCGACGUCCAGGAGGAGGAGGUGGUCAGUAUGGACACCUCGGAGGCCAGCGGAUCCGCCUGAGGUGCGUGCCGCUGCCGCCGGAGGAGGUCCCCGUCCGCCGCCGGGGCCGCCUCCGCUGCCGCGCCCGCUCGCCGGGGGGGGGGGGGGUGACUGUCUCACUGCUAGCCGGGGACUCGCAGCGGCCGGGACUGGCACCCGGCUGUGUCGCCAUCUGCUACUUUGAACUGUUCUGUGUCACGACAAAUAAUAACGUGGUGAUGAUUCUG